AUGGCGCAAGUACCAGUCCAGACGAUCCAUAGGGAUCCCCAGUUAUUCUACUGGAUCCUCUUCCCCAUCACCAUAGUCAUGAUCCUCACCGGCAUCCUCCGCCACUACGCCACAGUCCUCAUGUCCUCCGCCCCCAAACCCCUCGACCUCCGCUCCACCCGCGAGCAGCGUUCCCUCCUCCACGGCAUCUCCCUCCGCACCAACUUCCACGUCCUCUCUCCCCGCUCCUUCCACUCCCGCCGCGACGCCGUCAUCACCGCCUACGAAUCAGGCGCAUACCUCAAAGACCCAGAGAGAAAGGGUCAGCCCCCGGCAAACCCAAUGACAGACCCGAGCUCGAUGGACGGGAUGAUGGGCAUGAUGAAGAACCAGAUGGCUAUGAUCAUCCCCAACACGCUGAUCAUGAGCUGGAUCAAUGCUUUUUUCAGCGGUUAUGUUAUUAUGAAAUUACCCUUCCCCCUGACCAUCAAGUUCAAGAGUAUGCUUCAGGCUGGUGUGGGAACCAAGGACAUGGACCCGAGGUGGAUGUCAAGUAUCAGUUGGUACUUUUUGUGCAUGUUUGGUUUGCAGUCUGUGUUCAACUUUUUGCUUGGCAAUGACAAUGCUGCUAGCCAAAUGGCUCAGCAGAUGGGCCAGAUGGGCCCUCAGGCGCCACAAAUGUUUGGCCCUGGUGUUGACCCCAAUAAGCAGUUCCUGGCCGAGGCGGAGAACCUGGCUGUGAUUGAACACCAUUCGGUUCUGCACGGUGUCGAACAGCGGCUUCUUGAGGGAAUUAGGGUAUAA